AUGAUUCUAUUAUCAUUUUGUGUCGUUGUUGUCAGUGAAGCACACCAUAAAGUUUCGAUAAUUAGUUUAAUCUUUCUUUUGACUAUAUGUCUUAGUCAAUCUGAUUCGGAGAACGAUGAAUGUCAGACGACAGCGAAAAUAACUCUGCUUUCAAGUACCUCCAUCAAUAGUGUUACUGAUGAAAAUGACAUGUCACGAACAGCUAUUGUGGGAAAUCAUUCUACUAGCAGUAUCAGUCGUGUAUCGAUUCCUGUAGAUGCUUCAGGUACGCUUUCUUUCCAUGAAAUUAAUUAUGUUAUUGGUGGCAAAAAUGAAUGCAAAAGACGAAGAUGGAGCUGUCCAACUAUUUUGAAAUCAGAAAAACAAAAACAAAUCCUUUUUGAUAUAUCGGGAAAAUUUUCGGAUGGCAUGAAUGCUAUAAUGGGUCCAACUGGAUGUGGAAAAUCUUCGUUACUCGAUGUUUUAGCUGAUAGAAAAGAUCCACAUGGUACAUCUGGUUGUGUGCUAGUCGACGGUGUACUCCGUCACCCAUCAUACAAAUAUGCUGUUGGCUAUGUUGUACAAGAAAAUGUUUUCAGUGAGACAUUAACUGUACGUGAAAAUCUGUUCUUCUCAGCUAAUCUUCGCUUACCCAAAACCUUAUCGAAACGGGAAAAGAUUGAUCGUGUUUUAUGCGUCAUUGCCGAUCUUGGCCUUGAAUCUUGUGCAAAUACACGUAUGGGUACAGCAUUUCUACGAGGUGUGUCUGGUGGUGAGAAGAAACGAACUUGUAUUGGCAUGGAGUUGGUAUUAUCACCAAAGAUAUUGUUUCUUGAUGAGCCUACAACAGGUUAUCAAUGUGAAACACAUGAGAAUCCUACAGACUUUGUCUUAGAUAUCUUGAUUGAUGCUAGUCAAACACCAACUAUACUAGCAAAGUUGAAAUAUGCCUAUAAUGAGCCUGCCAAUCAUUCCCAUUUAAAAGCACGCCCUGAAUUUGAGAACAACAUAUCCAAUAGAGGACAUUUUGAGUGUUUCCAGCAUCAGAUCGCUGUUGAAGCAGCUCAAUCUCUGGGAACAGAACUAUUGUACGUAUCUCAACGCACACUGAGGAACUCGCUGCGUAAUCCAGCAAUGGCUAUAGCACAAGUUGUGGUCUCUAUUAUGAUUGGGUUUUUGGUUGGUCUUGUUUUCUAUGAUCUAAAAAAAACUACCGGUCAUGGUGUUCACAAUCGUCUAGGUACAAUCUUCUUUAUUGUUGUCAAUCAGAUAUUCAGUACGAUGACAGCUAUUGAGCCGUUACUUCAAGAGCGGGCGCUUUUUUUUCACAAUGGACUGAUGAUUCUUUACUUUGGUGAAACAGGUGAACGCUUACAUAGUGCAACGUACAUUACAAAAUUACUGCCAUUUUACAAAGUUGAUGGUGAUCGAUCAUUUGGAGAGCAAACGAUCGAUGGUCCUCAAGCUGACCAGAAUUAA